UAUUUCAGUUUGAUUACACAAGAGGCUGAAAAACAUCGACACUACGAAGAUGAAAACGAAUGGAGCUGUGGCAGCUGGCUUGAAUACACGGUGGUCGUCGUUUUGGCCAGCGUACUAUUACUGGGUUCCUUGGGAUUAACCUUGUUCUGGGUAUUUCAAUACCGAGGUGGAUUCGCUUGGAGAGAAAAUCCAGCCAAGCAGUUCAAUCUUCAUCCGGUACUGAUGGUUGCCGGGUUUAUUACUUUCAGUGGAUUCUCUGUGCUCCUCUACAGGAUAUGCAGAUGCUGCAGAAGGAUAUAUGUCAAACUGCUCCAUACGGUGUUCCAUGCGUUGGCGAUACCCUGUGUGGCCAUUGGAUUUUUGGCCGUGUUGGACUCCCACAACCUGGCUCAGCCACCAAUUCCCAAUUUCUACUCGUUGCACAGCUGGAUAGGAUUGGUAACCAUGGGAUUAUUUGCCAUACAAUUUGUCGUCGGCUUCUUCAGUUUCCUGAUCCUGCUCUGCUGCGAGGGGGCCACGGCGGGCUUUAGGUCAGCCCUGGUGCCCAUUCACGCCUCUUUCGGCCUGACCACGUUCAUGCUGGCCAUCGCCGCUUCUGUGUCCGGCCUCACCGAAAAAGCACUCUUCUCCUUACCGGACACGUACUCUCAAUGGAUCGAAGAAGGCAUCGUUAUCAACGCUUUGGGAGUCUCACUCAUCGCUCUGGGCAUACUGGUAUCGUUCGCUGUUCGCAGUCCCACACUCAAAGCUGGCUCGAAGGUUGUUUGGAUGGCCUGA